CCCAGCACCACGGCAGUACCCACAAAAUGCGUUUCCUUCCUCGCCUCAUCAUCUCGGCCACCCUGGGCAUCGCCACCUUCCUGACCUGGAGGCUGCUUCUCCGGAGCCUGGCCGCCGGCCAAGGAGGAGAGAAAAAUUUACAUAUGGAAGCGAUGCAAGAAGUUACGUUAUUUGGAUUCCUAAACGGCCCGGUGCCGUUAAGAAAAAUCUCUUGCUUUUGCAUCUAUUCGAUAGCUGAUGUUAACCAAUUAACAGAUGCAUAAAGGGUUUGCAGGGGCUUGCAUAUUUGUAGCUACAAACAAUUUACCACUCCUCUGUCUCCCAGAGUAUUUCUGGCUCUUUUUGGUAAACUCACCUCAGUUAAGCUCAGUCAAAAGUGAGGAGUUAAAAGAAAAAAUUAUGAUUUAAUGGAGAACAGAGUCCAGGGCACAAAGCUACAGUCAAGAUCGGUGCUCAGACACGGCGGUUUGGGGAAAGCGGGGUCUGGGCUCACAUAUUCAUGGGGACAGAAACCUGUUUCACCAGCAAAACCGAGCUCUUUGCCAUGCAGGGCUGGUCUCCCCUCUCCUACUCAUCUUCUUCGUUCACAUCAUAUCCUUUCCACACCGGAAUAACUGGAAAAGAACCUGCCACAGCGUCCUGCGGUGGGGUGCUGGCUCGGGGCAAAAGUAUGCUAUGGGCUUUCCUCACCCCCCUCUUCAAAUGGUGUUUCCCAGGUGACCUGGCCCCCAAGGCAGAGGAGGGCUUCCCUUUGACACUGGACACCUUCCUUCACGUUCAGCAGCUCAGGAAGAAGAGACUGAGAGCUUUCUGCAGCCGAUCAGGUAAAGUCACCAUGCUGCCGAGGAGCCGGGAGGAGAGAGCCCACCUGCUCUCAAGUUUGAGGGUAAGCAGCAAGUUGGACCUCCUCUACUGCCAAGUGCCAUCGACAGGGAUGGAGGAAUGGCAGCGGCUUUUGCAGAAGCUAGAGAAGGAAAACGUGACUCUCCCGGUGCCGCUUCCCUACCCUUGGCGGCACGUUCCGGAGACACAACUGAGCAAGUACAACCUGACAGAGAUAGAGGCCAUGUUAGGGUCCUACACCAAAGUGCUCUUUGUCAGGGACCCUUUCCAGAGGCUGAUCUCCAUGUUCAUGCAAGGCAUGGGCAGCAGCCCUUCCUUCAGCAGCUUUGUUCAGGACAUUUUAGACAGUGAACAGCACAACACCAGUACAGCUUGGAAACCGCUCAUCAGCCUCUGCCGACCCUGUCUCGUCCAGUAUGACUACGUGGUGAUGUUUGGUUUCCUCAGGCAGGAGCUGGGUCAUCUGCUGCGGCGAGCCGGGCUGCCUGUGGACAGCCUCCUCCGCGAGUUCACCGACACCCAAGCACAGUGGACGUACAGCUGGUUAUCAGAGCAGAUGUUCAGCGAGCUGUCCCUCCAACAGAAGCAGCAACUGUCUCAUUUCUACCGCUGGGAUCUUGCUGCUUUCCCAUUUUCUAGCAGUUUUCUGUCAGGCCUCCUCAGCACCCCAGAGACCUAGUAGAAAUACCCCAGCUGGAGGGACUGCUUUGGAGAGCAUCAAUCCAAAUGCAAGUGCUUUGAGAUACUGGUUGGGUCAUAGGCAAACUCUCGCCCCACAGCUGCAUGCGGCACGCUUGUCCACGUCACAGCUCCCAGAGGCACAUCAGAGAGCUGAGAUGGACCCGCUGCCACGGACAGGGUAUCAAGGCUCUUCACAUGACUGAAUUGCAUUUAAAUACGACAAGAGUAGGCACAAGGGUAACGCGUGGCUUCGGGGCUUAGAAAACUGCAUGAACUGAACUGCGACGGGGUGAAUGGCUCUCAGCAAACCUAGCGUUUUGGGGUGGAGGGGCUUGGACCUGCUGCAAACCACAGCAGCAUCCGCACCUACUGUGCCUGCACUGCCAUUUCAUGCUCUGGGCUCCCUUUUGGGCCAAGAGGUUUGGCAAUGGCCUCUUUGUGACAAAUCUCCCCACACAGGUAACUAGAAGCGCUCCCAAAGGCGCAUGUCACCUGAAGUCUGUCUACUCUGCACAAGUAGGUGAGGAAUGACACAGGGCAGCAGACCCUCCCGGCGAACCACUGCUGAUGUUCCCAAUCCUUUCAUGCUCAAGGAAGGCCAGGCCCAGCCCGACCCAUCAUUUGGUCUUAUCUGUUCUGUGUGAACUGUUCCUGUUUUAUGACCUCACAUCUCCUGCACGUUUAGGCUCAAGAGGGCUCCGGGCAUGCGACAUGAUGCUUUCUCCCUAUGCAAGUUUUGAGUGAGGUUCCCCCCUUUACAGGGCUGACUCAAAUGGGCCAAGCCUGGCUUUCAGCUCUACUCACCAGCAAUGAGACAAGGCCACAGCAGUCUGGACCAGGCACUAGCCGCACCACACCAACAACCAGCCUUCCACCUCGUCUCAGCAGCUGGUGGGCCAGGUGGAGGUGGGUAGAAGCAUCAGGAUGCAUCACUGCGCUGCUGUGGAAAACACGAUGUGGCUACUUGUAAGCUCCUCCUGGCAGAGAAGUGUGAGGACUGGCUCUGCUUUCUUUCGGACUUGGCCGCCAGCGUGGCCUGGGUGGAGGCCCAGGCUCUCCAGCUGGCUUGCCAGAUGCAUCUGGCUGGUAGCCUGGAACAGCCACCAGCCCUCUCCCAGCCCUGGCCACUGAACUGAUCUACCUUGCAGCCUCUGGGAAGGGUCCUUCUUUGCCAAACGCCACGGAGGAGCUGAAGUUGUCCAGCUCUCAAAUCGUGAUAGACUUUUACCAUCGCAUACUAGUUUCCAGAAUAUUUUUUACCUUUAUUUUGCAAUUUUGUGGCAUCCACAUAAAAUUCCACAUACAUUCAUGUGACAAAGACAUCAAUUUGACAAUGCUCAUUAAAAAAUGAUAAAGAUGGUGAAAGCUGUUGAUUAGAACUGACUUAAAACAAUUACACCAAAACCUCCCUCUCUCAUCAAGGGACAUGUGAUUAAUAGCAUUAAGACAUCAGAUCAGAUUGCCCCCUUUCACCCUCCCACAAACUAUCCAGCUACAGCAUUAUUACUUAAGUGCUGAUAUUGUGCGUAAUACUUUACAGUCUAGCAAGAUGGCGCAGUUCCUCUUCUGAGGAUACAGUUCUGGAAGGAGAGAAGCGGCAAAAUUUCCAGUUAUACAGAACAUUAGAGUGAUGCUAGGAAAGGAACAUUUUUCUCUUCGUAAGUAGCUUUCCCUUCAGCGAUCGCAAGCUGAAAUCCCACGCAGCGAGAUGCACGUGAAGAGAUCUGAGGCAGCACCUAGCAGAGGACAGUGCUGUGCGCUCACAACAGGAGAGCUGUUCUCGGACAGCUUUGUAGCGCAGACCACAGUUUAAGUCAGGCUCUCUCAGAGCAGCAGCAUCUCUUCCUGCCAGCCCUCCACAGCGGGUCCCAGUCCUUCCCUACGGUGCGUGGCACUUAGUUCCAUGGGAAAGCAAUGUAUGAAAUGCUAAGACACUGGGAAGUGAAAUGAAAAUCUCAGCUUCAUGUUCCUUGGCAUCCCUGUUUCACCCACGGCCCAGCCAGGUAUUACAUUGUCAUCUCCGUAAUUAGUCUCCAAGCUUCCCUUUUUCCUACACCCUCAAAACCAGUUUCAGUAAUUACUUUGCAACCCUGAUUUUAUACCAUUGUGUGUGUGCGUGUGUCCCCUGAGAUGUUUGAUAUCAUUUACACUGAAUUCCAGUGCACCCCAAAAGGAAGGGGUUUCCUCCUCCCAUCAGCUAGUGGCUGUGGAAGGGUACCAAGAGGGCCCUGAGCUGGGGUGGGCUUGAGGACAAGGGCUGGUUGCCUGGGAAACAGUGGCUCACUGAUGCUGCAGCAAAAAUGGCUCCGCAGGCUAAAGGUCUGCGCUGAACUAGCCUGCUCUGACCGUUGCAUAUACACACCACUUGGCAAAUACACUUCAAAUUAAUGUACAAAACAUAAAAGAGACUCGAUACAUCUAAUUUAAAAAAUUUCACCUGAGCAGGUGGUCACUGUGGCUAUGCGAGACACUGCAAGCCCUUUCCGAAAUGAUGAAAAAGGUGCUCCCAGACCCACAGGGGACAAAGAGCAUUUACACGUCCUGCUAGUGACAUCCCAUUGCGUCCCAGGACCCUCGCAGGGAGCAGGCCUCUCAUGAACGCUGGCUGCUUUCUCCUGAGAUGACGCUGGAAGCUCCUUGACAUCACACCCCGUGCUCUGCAUUAACACAUAUUACGUUCCCUUUGUACUACUUCUUGGCCUGUCUGAAUGAGCACGUCCAGCGAUCCCAUGAGGUGGAUGCCACAGAAAGAGCGAUGAUACCAAUCUACCUUACAGACUUUGUAUUUUGCAUCCCUUCCUGUACAUCCAGGAACAUGAAAACACAGGCUCCGAUAGCUGUUCUUGCACACAAAUGAUCACAUUUUCUUCUCCAAGAGGUUUUUCACAUAUUGCUAACUCUCAGGAUAAAACAAAAAUAUGUUCUCGCCCGGUACUUCAGAGCUUAAGAAACAUCAAUAUUGUAUUUCAAUUAAUAAAACAAUUACAUAGCAAGCCCAGCAGGCACAAAAUACUUUCUGCAACUCACAUAUACAAAUACCCUUCUUUUAGAUGGUAGAACCAAAAUAUUUUAAGAUGAGAAAUAGAUCUACUCAUUUCCAAGCUAUAUACCCUGGAGUGCUUCAAAAAAAUAUUCCAAACUGUGCAUACAUUGUUAUGUUCUAAGAUGGAGGGCAAUUUUAGGCACUUUGUAUGUGAGCAAAAUUUCAUAUAAGGCAAUGGAGUUACAUCCUCUUGCCCUAGGAGUGCAAAAAUAGAAAAAGGACAUUUUCAUAAAGCUGUGGACCAGACAAAUGGAUAAAAGUUUGCACAUGAUGAGCAGGUACAGUACGUGGCUGACAUCACCUAGAGAUAACAUGAUGCUACAGUGUUAAACCUGACAGUGACGAAACCUGUGAAGAGGGAUGCCCAGCGUUAAAUGCAUUCAACCCAGGAGGCAUGAGGUCACCACAUAGUCAGCACAUUUUUCAGACAAGCAGUCCCUGUAGCAAAACGUACCCAUUCUCUUACAUUCAGAAAAACUAAGAGUUGUCUUGAAAAGAAGGGAAGGCCAUAGCAUGACAGCAAGGGAUUGACCCUAGAGGGCACCCAGAGCCAACUAAUCCCCAGCUGUGUCUGUGCUCCUCCUGUCCCUUGCCUGGCCUUGGGAACAACGAUGAGUAACUUUGUUACUCCAAGGCCUCUGAUGUCCUUUCCUAUUUAAAAGAUAGGGAAAGAUGUGGAGGUGUGGGGGGCUGGAAAAGGCUGUGUCAAAUGAAGCAGUAUCUUGCUGGAAGUCCUCUUGGUAUCUAGUUUUUAUCUUUAAUCACAGAAGACAAGGUAGCAGGUGAACUAAGAAUUCGUUAAAGCCCCAGUGCAGACAAAGCAAUAGUCAUUUAACUUCAGAUAAAUCAGCUAUUGGUCAUAUUUUAGGGUUUUCCUCUGAACCACUUUUGUUACAUAGCUAAGAGCAUCUUCAUUAGCUAGCCUCAAAACUCCUCCUCACCCUCCUCUAGUUUAUAUCUAGCUUUGUGUGCAGAGGGGACACAACCAGGUACAGCCCUCAGUGCCUCUCAUGCCUUCCCCCAUCUCAGCUAGAGGACUGUUUGUCUGGGUUUGAUUAAUUUAAGUCCUUCUUGGCAUAGCAUCACAAGGUGAUCCAUCUUUUCCCCAUAGUAGGAAAAAAAAAAAAAAAGAUACAACCACCCUGCCAUUU